GCGAAGGCGCUUAUCGGUAGGAUUUACCUCACGUCGGAUCUUUGCACGAAUUUCGUGAGGAUAUAAAGAUCCGCGAGGCCCGCAGCGAUGCAUCUGCACAUCACAUCUCAAACACACGCACAUCGAUCGCAUCAUGUCACCAGCCAUGUCUCCAACAACACAGCAGUCAGCGCUAGAUGUCCUCAUCCCAACCACCGCGCCCGCGUUCGAAGCCUUCCGCCAACGUCUCUUCACCGACGCCCAACUCUCCUCGCUCCACCCAGAGAACCUCACAACAUGGUGGCAAGCCAAGUUCUUCCAGAUGUACGCCGGCGACGGCGACCUCGCCGUGCGCGCCAUCGCCAAGCUGCUCGUGUGGCGCGAGGGGUAUGAUUGGUUUACCCUGCCGCAGGAGGAUUACGCGGAUCAGAUGGCGAGCGGGAAGUUGUAUUUUGAGGGGGUGGAUCGCGAUGGAUUCCCGGUGCUGAUAUUUCGGCAGGAGAGGCAUCUGGCGAAGGCGGAUCCGGAUGGGAUUGCGCGGAAUGUGAGGUUUUUGAUUUGGUUUAUGGAUAGGGCUAUUCGAGAUGGAACGAUCAAAAGCCGUGUCACGGUCUUCCUCGAUCGCAUCAAUGUUGGCUCGGCCAACACCGAAUCCCUCGCCUUCAUCCGCCAUGCAGUGCCGCAACUGCAAACCGCCUUCCCCGAAAUCAUCAACAAAGUCGCCGUCUUCCCCGCCGGAAUGAUUCUGUACGGUAUGUGGAAGAUCGCGCAACCGCUCAUCGCGCCACGCCUCGUAAAGAAAAUCGUCAUCUGUAGCGGAGAGUUCCAGAAUGCUCUAUUUGAGCUCGUGAGCCCUGAGAACUUGUCGCGGCGGUACGGAGGAACGUUGAAACAGGAUGGCGCUGAUGUGGUGGGGACUGUCGGUGAGCGGAGACCUGGGAUUGUGGCGGAGGAAUAGAAUGGAUGCCGUCUGUAGCUUGCUAGAGUAGAAUAUGUUUACAAUGGUCAGAAAAUAAGGAGAAGGUAUUCCAGAACUUCGGCAUAUGCUCUCAGGUGCUCUGCUAAAUGCACUGUCAUCUGAUUAGUGAGGGUAUCAGAGUGCUACUGCCUUAUGUAAAGCCGGACAAUAUCUACGGAAUCUGCAACAUGCUACGCCUAGUGCUCGCGACACUUCAGAAGCCAUAUUUCUUGGCAGCCUGCUGGUCAACCCAUUCAGGGAAGAAAUACUGCAACAAGCCCGCAAUCUUAUACUUAUACGGCAGAUAAGUCUCCCUAGCCCGGCUAUCCGCCGCUUUGAUAAUGCCACGAGCGCAUUCCUGUGGUGUCAACUUUGAUCCUUCCUCGACUUUUGCUGAUGUGCUGUGAUGAGAUGCGUGGUG